AUGAAAGUAAGUCUGUGCCUUAUAAACCAAAGGCUGUUAAAAAAGGGAAACAUUUCUCCGGAGCUGCCUGUGAGUGGAAUCAUGAAUCAGGUUGUUCUCAUACUGCUUUGUGUGCUGCUGUUUGGAAUGAGCCUUGCACAGUCAGUUGGGCAUGGAGGGGGGGUUUCUCAGCGCUGUCUGUGCAUAGGAAAACCUUAUGAAUCAGUCAACUCUAGAUCCAUUCAGGCAGUUGAUCUGUUCCCACCAAGUCCAUCCUGCUCAAACACAGAGAUUAUAUUGAUGGUCGUCAAAGGAAGAGGAAAAGGAAGAGGAAAGGGAAACGGAAAGAGGUCAAAGGUGUGCUUGGAUCCUAAUGGGAAACAAGGACAGAGGCUACUGAAGGGCAGAUGGAGCAAAAACCAAAACCAAAGAAACAGAGGAAAAAAGGAGAAGAAUAAGUUUGAUAAAAGAGAUGUCAUGUGAUUUUUCUCUCCUCCAUGUGAUGUCACAACAUAUGAUCUCAAAGACAUUAACACCUAGAUGUGUUUCCCUUUCUUUUUGUGUUUUGUGAUCUUUAAACAUUUGUCUGAUUCAACUGUUGUGAUAUGGUUUAUGUAUAUAUAAUUUGUCUGACCUAUUACCAACGAAUGUUUUAUGUCAGUAAUCUUAAUUAAGAACUAAAGCAGUGUCCACAAUUAUAAAUUUUUUUACCGUUUUUCAUCAGUUAGUUUUUAUAGAAACUAUUAUUCUAAUGCUUGAAAUGUGUGUAUGCUGUGCCCAUUAAAACAAUAAAUAUGUUUUUAAAAAU